GAUGUUACUGUUUUUCCGUUUACAAUUUUGUUUUUGGUGUGAAGACUGAAGAGCUUACUGGGCACUCUAGUCGACCGUUUCAUAAGCAAGUCUUGAGAAAAAAACAAAGAGAAAAAUGUCUAAGGCCAAUCUCUCUCGGUUGAGAAGUGACCCUGUAAGGAUUGCUGCUUUCUGCUUCAAGAACCUGAAGAGAACUGAGGUCCUUGAUACUGACAUUUCUUCAGCUGUUGACAAGAUUUUGCAAGAAAUGGAUGUUGUAUCCUAUAGAGUGCUUGGCUAUCUUCUUGUUGGCAUUAUAAGAAUAUUCUCUAAAAAGGUUGAAUAUGUGCUUGAGGAUUGCAAUGAGGUUCUCAUUAAAAUCAAUAAAUUUGUGGUCAACAAAGAAGGCAUUGUCCGUGUGGAAACCUUGCGCAUGCCUGUUACUAUACCAGACAGAUUAGAGUUGGAUGUUUUUGAGUUAGAUGAACUUGAAAAUGUUGACAGAGGCCACACUGCUCCUCCGGAGGAAAUUACGCUUAGAGACAAAGAAAAUGUGUGUAAAACAGAGGGAUUUGGGCUGUUUUCUCACGAGAAGUUUGAGGAGUUUGAUGUUGCUGAAAAUACCAGCUCUUUUGAUCAAGAUAUAGUGGGAAAUGCUUUUCUAUCUAAACUGUUGAAUAUGAUGGACAUCGAAGUUUCUCCACAAAAUAGUCCAACUGAUUUACUCCUGGAAAGCUGGGAUAAAUUUCAAAGCAGCAUAUCUGCCUUUCAAGAAAAGGUUCCGAUUGAAGAUGAAAGGCUUAGUGUUAUUCCACCAAAGUCAAAAAAUCUUGAUGCAACUCCUCAGUCUAAGUUUCAAGGCGUUGGAAGACCAAAACAAGAUUCUGCUACACCAGAGUCAAUGCAUGUUUCUACACCAGCUGUGAGGGAACAGCCUCCCUUUUCAAGGAAAAGAAGAGUUGGCCUUGAUAGAAUGAUUGUCCUGUCUAACAAGGCAGUUAUAAAGAACAUAAAGAGUGCAAAAGACUUAGUACGUUUCCCUUUCCCAAGAGAAUCCCGCCGUACUUUACUUAAUGCACACUGUGUGCAGAGACAGAGAGAAUCUCCAAUUUCCAGUCUUCCUAAUAGAUUCUACGAGCCUUUGCUUCCUUGUUCUUCCUCUGAGCUUCAACUCCUAUUCUCUAAAAAGAAAAUGAAAUUACCUAAUUCCCUUAAGAUUGUGGAAACUCCAGGGAAUUUAGAUGUGCCAGAAUCUCCAAUUGCUGGCACUCCACUAAGCCCUUCUCAAUCCUCAGAUUCCCUUGAAAUUGAGGAAACUCGAAGGGUGUUAGAUGUACCUGAGUCUCAGGCUUCUGGCUUUCCAAAGCAUAAAGCAACUGAUUCACAGACUCCUCCUUUGAGUCAACAUGAAAACAUAGAGAUAGAAUCUCUAGAAACGAAUGAAGUGCCUAAUUUGAUGGAUGAGGAAACAAAUUCACGUGGAACAAAUGAAUCAGAAUUAUUAGCUGGGUGGUCUGGUCGAACCAGGGAAGUUGCAAGUUGUUUGCAUCAGAGUUUUCUACAUGCAAGAAAACAAAGAGAGGACACCGUAAACUUUUCACAAGUUUUUGGAGGCCGAGCACGGAAAGAAUCUGCACUGCUGUUUUAUGAAGUACUGGUUUUGAAAACUACAGGCUAUGUAGAUGUGGAGCAAAACAAAGCUUAUGGUGAUAUUGCAAUAUCUAGACUCCCUAAAUUAGAUCAAACUUUUUUAUUUGAUGGUCUAUUAGAAUGACAUAGGUAGAUAUGAAAGGCAAUGUAUAUAGAAAUAGCAAAUUGGUAGGAUUCUGCUAGAUUUUACUAGCAGUAGUUUUUUUCUUUGUAGUAUUAUUUAAUUUAAUUGUACAGCAUUACUUGUCAUUUUAUUUUAGCAAUACUUUGCCAAAUUUGUGGAUUUGUACCACAAGUUACUCUGUACAGUGAUGGCAAAGCUAGAAACUUUAAUAUACAAAUUUAGAAAUGGUUUUAAUGCCAAGAGAAUUGCCUUGUCUAAA